UUUUGAUUUGUCAAAGGAAUGAAUUAUCGCGAAUUUUUUUCGGACGACCGAAUUAUGUAAAAGUGUUUUCAAGAUCGAAAAUAUUCGAUAAAAACGACGAUUUUAGCAAGAUCUAAUAUAUUCUUAGUUAUUCUCAGAGUUAUUUAAAAGCAGCAAGAUGGGAAAGAAAGAAGAACCCGUUGAUGAAUUUUCUCUAAAAUUGGACGCAUGUCUUACCGAUACAGUUAUCAAAACCGGCGGUGGUGUAUUACUAGGUGCCUUAACAUCCGUACUAUUCCUGGGCAGACGGAGAUGGCCCAUUAUAGCCGGCAUGGGAAUGGGCCUUGGCAUUGCAUACGCCAAUUGUGAACUAGAGAUAAAUCCCAAAAAGAAACGUGCAGAUAAGAGAAGGGAUUUCAGAUAAGAACAGGGAUUCUUGAGGACAGAAAUCAUGUGAAGAUAAAAUCGCAUUUGUGCUCGUAGACAACUAUUUAGAAACUAUUGUAAUUUUGUUUGUGUACAAAUGAUUAUUUAUUAUAAUAAACAUAUGUUAAUUUGAAUGCCUUA